AUAGGACAGCUGCAUUGUGGAUCAAUAUCAAUUAUACCCAAGCCAUCGCACUCUUUUCAAAAAAGGCUUGGCCUUAAUGCAAGGAGGAACAUCAAUAUUAGAAUAAUCGUGCAGGUGGCAGGUGCAGGUCGACAGGAGAUCGUGUCAGGACUCAACCUGGAACCAUAGAUGAAUCACGUGCCGGCCGAUCUUCCCUAAUGGGGCAUUACGUCAACAUUUUAUGUGUUUGCUCUGUUUGUCUCAUUUGUACAGGUAACAAAUAAUACAGAUGACGUCCUGUCACGGGAUUCUUGCCAACUCCUUCCUGUCAGACAAUUCCAACUGCUGCAUAAUGCGUUGAACACCGAGUCAGAGAUUUACAGCUGCAUUCUCUAUCUGUUUAUUCUACCCUUUGAAAAAGGAAAUAAAUUAACCGGCUUUAUUCCAUAUGUAGAUCGUUCCAUUUACGCUCAUCAGAACCCCUAACCAUUUUCAGGACUCUCAGAUGGCCCGCAGUCGCGCCGCUGAGAAGCGAGUCAAUUUAGCGGUUGCGAGAAUCAUUCCUCCGGUUCUAUUCGGCGUAAUUAUAUAUGCGUCUUAUGACUUGACUAAACAGCUAUGCAUUGACUACCUGAUCCAUCCCUCCACGAAAUACAGUCGUCAUGCACGAGUUGGUAUAGGUGCUGCGAUUCUUGUUAUAUACUAUAUCCUCUUAAUUCCAAUGGUUGUGAGCUACCUCCGACUGCUACAGAAGGUUCUCUGGAGUCCCGACUAUCUCCCGCGGGGAGAGAAGCCCGCACGCGACCAGAAAGACUCACGGCCAUCGCAUAGGCGUCGGAAGCGUCGGAGAAGUGAGCAUGAAAGCAAUAAAGUCCGAGACGCAGAGAAAGGGGAUGAUUUCGACUCGGAUGUUGAGCGCGGGGGGUCGCUUCACUCUGGAGGCAAGGCGUUUCCCCUUGACGCCGUAGGCUUGGAGAGCUUCUACACGAAGGAUGUUUUCGUCUGUCAGAGAGAUGGGCGGCCGCCGUAUUGCUCCAAAUGCUCGCAAUUCAAGACGGAUAGGGCGCACCACUGCCGCGAGGUUGACCGGUGUGUGCGCAAGAUGGACCACUUUUGUCCAUGGGUUGGCGGCGUGGUCGCCGAGUCGAGUUUCAAAUUUUUUAUUCAAUUCCUCGUAUACACAGCCAUGUUUUGCAUUUUUUGCCUUGUUGUCUUUGCAUACUUUCUGGCCGAAGCGAAACGAGAGACCGGCAGAGUCAACGCUCAUUGGGCUGUUGGAAUUGGACUGAGCGGUCUUUUUGGACUAUUUUCAUGCGGAAUGACGCUGAGCUCGCUGCAGCUUGCCCUUCAAAAUCUCUCUACAAUCGAACACAUCGACCAUCGGGCCACAAUCUGGACGCUGGCGAUCCGGGUCCCCGACCACCUUCUGAACGCCACCGAGUCGCAGUGGGCUCCGACAUUCCGAACGAUCACGUAUCCACUACAGUCUCUCUCCCCACCGGCCGAGGCCGAGCCAGGGCCGGGUCCUGGCCAGCAAGAAGAUUCGCUCAAACCAGACGCCGAGCGGCGCGUCUUUGCCAUUCUCCAGACGCGCCAGGGCGAGAACCCGUUCGACCUGGGCAGUCCGCUGAAAAAUCUACAGCAGGUGAUGGGGUACAGCGUUUUGGACUGGCUGCUCCCGUUAAGGGAGAGUCCGUGUACGGACCACAGUAGCGAGGAGAGCGCUUUCGCCUUGGGACCGGUAGUCUCACGGUUGAAACAGGAGGCUUUUGGGGAGUAGUCCCUAGUUUAUAAAUAUCGAUAAUUGCAUCAUCAUGAUACUUUUCAGCUACGUUUAGGAUUAGAAGAUGAUUCUCUAUCAUCAUAGUACUGUCUAGCUACAUAUGCCAGGACGAGGAGGUCAUAAUCAUCAUCAUCAUCA